AUGGAUCGAGAGAGACCGGAUGGACAGGAGGAGCAGCUACCAUGUCAGUACAGUGCAGUUCCGCACAAUGAAGAGCGCGAGCUGAAUCAUCACUUCCCACAGCACACCAUCAGACCAGCACCCGCUUGGCCCCUCGAAAAGCUCAUGAUCAGCCAGCAGUACUUCGUAGAAGCAAGCGCGGCAUGGCUCAGAUGCCACUCAAUCGAGUGCCACCGCGACUUUACUGACAUGAUCACCGCCUCCCCUAUCCUCAAAGGCAGUCUGACGCGUCUGACGAGCACAUGGCAAAGAAUCUGGGGGCGUUCUGUGGAUUUCAAUGUCUUGAAAAAUUGCACCCAACUUCGUGAGCUCCGACUGCACGUUGCUGAUUGCAUCUUCGAUCACGUUGCCACCAAGAUGUGCUAUCAAGAUUCGUACGUGGAGGCAGACUACCAGGCCAUUCGGCAGCUCAACAGCAUCCUUGCGAUUCCGGCGUUGGAGAGUGUGGAGCUUAUACCCAUGGAGAGCAAAUUGGCGAAGACGGACGAGGAAAAGGAGAUCUGGAGGAGGAAUGUCGUUGACCUUGAGGCGUUCCUGAAUCGGGCGGUGAAGGCGUUGAGGGAGGCCCCGAACAAGGCAGGGAGAGAGGAAGAAGCACCCAAGAAGGCCGCAGAUCGGUUCUUGCAGUUACCUAAGGGGUUCAUGCCGCUGACCAUGCGAGCUCCGCCGAGACCAUCACCAUUGUCAGUGCCAUUUCUUGGACUGUCCUCGACGCCAGGACCACCUUUGAUGCCAGCAUCAGCCCCGACGCGAGCACUACUCUCAACACCAGGACUACUUCCAGCGCCAGAGCUAUCUCCAAUGUUCGGACCAUACUCACUGCGACCACUACCCUCAAGGCAAGUACGUCCCUCGAUGCCAGCAAGACCGUCGAUGACAGCACCACCCCAAAUUUCAAGACUAUCCUCGAAGCCAGCACCAGCACCUGUCGAAGUGCCAACACGACAGCCUACGGCAGCGAUACCGCCAGUACAAGAACUAGCCUCGUCGUCAACACCACCUUUCACCCUUACAAAGACUCACGUGAAAGUACACCCAUCGCCGAGCAAGGAAGUUGUUAAAGCCACCACCUCGUCCGUGUCUGGAGCACCAACUGUCGCCACUAAGAAGGCGAGCAAUCUUCUGCAGGACAGUCAUCGCGUUUCACUUGCAAAGUUGUUCGCCAAUUACCCACUCAUUGUCGCUCUAGCUAUAGCCGGCUUCACACUCACGAUCGUCAACACUAUCAUUCUUGGACCAAGGACUAGAGACUCUCGCUGCACAUCUGCUGGAGCAUCUUGGCUAGAGACAAUGCAGAGUGAGACAUGCCAUUCGACACAACUUAUACCAUGUGGUCACUCCUAUGUUCCACUGCCAACCUUCCAUAGAAUGGCCAUGGGGGAACUUCUCGAUCACGCCCGCGCUUGUGCGAUCGAUGAGGAAGAAAACAUCAAGAAGUUGGUGGACCACUACCGAGCAGAUGACGAUGUCUUGCAUUCUACCACCCCCGAGGGUCGGGUCAAGCGCUACGCUCGGCUGCUGGAAGAAAUCAACCUGAAGAAGAUCAAUGUUCGAGAUAAUGGCAACAGCAUGGGCUUCGACGUCGUGCGCAAGCGCUUCAUUCCGCGGGCUAGACCCGGCAGAAAGGGAGUGCUGAGUCCCACUGGUGGUCUAGGGGCUCGUGAAAGCAGUCAGUCUAGAAAGAAACGAGGAAGAGAGGGUGCAGAUCACGAGAAAACAAACGUAGUCAAGAAGCGGAGAGUGAGCAACAAUGGCUUUGUUGACACGACUUCCAAUGACUGCGGUGAUCUUCACAUGAGCAACGAUGACGAAAACGACGACGAGGAUGAUGACGAGGUUCUGCCUUACGGACCAGAGGAUCCAAUGGAGGCAAAGUCUGAGGACGAAGGCGGAAUUCAACAAAACGACAUGCAGCCACCUCUGGCGCAGGAAGGACUUCCUGUCCAGCAAGAACCUCCCGUCCAGCAAGAACCUCCCGUCCAGCAAGAACCUCCCGUCCAGCAAGAACCUCCCGUCCAGCAAGACCUUCCAGUCCAGCAAGACCCUCCAGUCCAGCAAGAGCCUCCAGUCCAGGAGAACGCUCCCGUUCAGGAUGACCAUUCGGUCCAGGUAGGCAACUCAGUUCAGGAGGACAAUCGCUUGUCGGAAGCAGAUAGAAUGAUGCAGCUCAAGAACGCUCUCAACGACCUGUACUGGAGCGACUUCGCAGUUGGAAUGCGGCAGUCGAUCGACAACAUCCAACACGAGGCCCAGGAAGCGCAGAAGAAGAUGUACGCUCUGGAAAUCCCAGAGGUUGUGGUCUCUGUCGGUACCAAGGUGGUGGAACUGUUCGAUCGGUCUCUUACACGUGCAAAGGCUGCUGUGAGAGCUCAGCAAGAUUUUGUUGACUUCAUCGGACAGGGCACCAUGUCUGACGACUCAAAUGAAGCUCUUCGGCUGGGCAUCGCUCCGUUGAAGAUGUACAUUAACUUCGUGGCUGACAAGGUAGACCUGGUCGAGAGUGCGAUCGAACAGGUGCAACAGUACUUGGAGGAGGAGCUUUGA